ACAGGCUUCACCUGCCGAUCACUAUCAAUGUCUUCCGCCAUGCUUUCAAGAACGCAUGUGAACUAUGAAGUCAAAAAAGAUGUCGCCGUUGUCCGCUUUAACACCCCAAAUUCUAAGGUGAACACCCUGUCCAAGCAGGUGCAGAGUGAAUUUGGUGACGUCAUGAAUGAAGUCUGGGCCAACGAUGCUGUGAAAAGUGCUGUCCUGAUCUCCAGCAAACCAGGCUGCUUCAUCGCCUGGGGCCGAUAUCAACAUGAUUGAAACCUGUAAGAGUGCACAAGAAGUCUCACAGUUGUCUGCCGAGGGUCAGAAAAUGUUUGAAAAACUUGAAAAGUCCCCAAAACCCAUAGUGGCUGCAAUCAAUGGAUCGUGCUUGGGAGGAGGCCUGGAGGUGGCCAUUGCUUGCCAAUACCGUGUGGCUACAAAGGACAAAAAGACGGUUCUAGGUACUCCCCCGGAGGUCCUCCUGGGGUUGCUGCCAGGAGCUGGGGGCACUCAGAGGCUGCCCAAGAUGGUUGGGAUACCUGCUGCCUUUGACAUGAUGCUAACUGGCAAGAACAUUCGUGCUGACCGUGCCAAGAAGAUGGGUCUUGUAGACCAACUUGUGGAUCCACUGGGACCUGGUCUGAAAAGCCCUGAAGAACGGACUAUGGAUUAUCUGGAGGAAGUUGCAGUGGACUUUGCCAGGGGAUCGCCAACAAGAAAAUUUCACUGCAGAAGCAGAAGGGACUGAUAGCAAAGAUCACAGACUAUGUCAUGUCCAUCCCCUUUGUAAGGCAGCAGAUCUACAAGACCGUGGAGAAGAGAGUCCUGAAACUGACCAAGGGCCUGUACCCGGCUCCCCUGAAAAUCAUUGAGGUGGUGAAGACAGGAUUGGAUACGGGUUCUGAGGCUGGAUAUCUGGCAGAGUCAAAGAGCUUUGGUGAGCUAGCAAUGACCGGCGAAUCAAAAGCUCUGAUUGGACUCUACCAUGGACAGGUUCAGUGCAAAAAGAAUAAAUUUGGCGCUCCGCAGAAAGAAGUCAAAAAUUUGGCCAUCCUGGGCGCUGGUCUGAUGGGAGCUGGUAUUGCUCAGGUCUCUUUGGAUAAAGGUAUCAAGACCAUUUUGAAGGAUACAACGGUGGAAGGUCUGGGCAGAGGACAGCAGCAGGUCUUCAAAGGCCUGAAUGACAAGGUGAGGAAGAGGACUCUGACCUCCUUUGAGAGGGACAGCGUGAUGAGUAACCUGACGGGACAGAUGGACUAUAAGGGCUUUGAGACUGCAGACAUGGUGAUUGAGGCCGUCUUCGAGGACAUUAAAAUCAAACACAAAGUGCUGCAGGAAGUGGAGGCUGUUGUCCCCCCUCACUGUAUAUUUGCCAGUAACACAUCCGCCCUUCCAAUUGGUCAGAUCGCUGCAGCCAGUAAAAGACCAGACAAGGUGAUAGGAAUGCACUAUUUCUCCCCUGUGGAUAAGAUGCAGCUAUUAGAAAUAAUCACUACAGAUAAAACCUCCCAGGACACAGCAGCCUCCGCUGUAGCUGUUGGGCUGAAGCAGGGCAAAGUCAUCAUCGUGGUGAAGGAUGGGCCAGGAUUUUAUACCACAAGGUGUCUGGGCCCCAUGAUGGCAGAAGUUGUGCGAGUUCUACAGGAAGGGGUUGCCCCCAAGAAACUGGAUGCUCUUUCCACUGGAUUUGGGUUCCCAGUGGGUGCCUCUACUCUGGCUGAUGAAGUCGGGAUUGACGUGGCAGCUCAUGUGGCAGAAGAUCUAGGAAAAGCUUUUGGCGAGCGCUUUGGAGGAGGCAACAUUGAAUUGUUGAAAGCCAUGGUGCAGAAGGGAUUCCUGGGCCGUAAAUCCGGGAAAGGCUUCUACAUCUACCAGCAGGGAGUGAAGGACAGAGCCAUCAACUCUGGUACAGAGGGAACUUCUGGCGAAAUUCAAGCUGCAGGCCAGACCUGAAGUCUGCACCGAUGAGGACAUCCAACUGCGUCUGGUCACCCGGUUUGUGAAUGAAGCCAUCAUGUGCUUGCAGGAAGGAAUCUUGAGCAAUCCAGUUGAGGGAGAUAUCGGUGCUGUGUUUGGCCUGGGCUUCCCGCCAUGCCUUGGAGGUCCAUUCAGAUACACGGACGCCUAUGGAGCAAAGCGUAUUGUGGAGAAGAUGAGGAAAUAUGAAAGCGUGUACGGAAGUCAGUUCACCCCCUGCCAGCUCCUGCUUGACCACGCCAAUGACCCCAGCAAGAAGUUCCACCACUAA